AUGGCCUGGGAUGCUCACAGGCACCUGGUCUCCUUCUUCGCCAGACGAUUCCUGAAGUUCCAACGGAAGACUGAACUCCUGGCCUACUUGUUCCUUUGUGUGUCCAAGAUGCCCUUCAUUCCCCCUGUGUCAUUGACAGGGUCGGGCAGCAAGAUGGAAAAGGCAGGGCCCUCCAAAGAUGGCACAUCAGUGAAGGAGCGCCUGGCGUCCAACCUCAAGCAGCUGGGCAAGAAGAGUCCACCACGGAGCCACCUGCCCACUGCUGCCAGAGGGCUACCAGAGACCAGGAAAAAGGGACCCUUGCCCAGGAGGCCUCCAGAGAGUCUACCGGCCUCCAGCUCCGGGGAGUCCUUGUCCAAAACACGCCAGACCCGUCCAGUGACAGCCCGAAUCAAAGCCCGCCCAGAGGAAACGCGGUUCACUCUGACCCUGACCCCCGAGGCUGUCCUGCUGCUCCAGAGGCGCAACAACAAUAACAACAAUAUUUCUGGAAGCUUCCCGGAUUCCAGACGAGCCAGGAGGGGUCAGUACCCGGCCCCCUCCCCGUCCCUACGGCCUCACUGCCGGGCAGGGGCCCCCGCCAGGACUCGCUGUGACGUGAGCUCCAUGGUAAAGGUGUCCCUGCUGAACGAGCGGCACCGCUACGAUGAUGUAGAGUAUGAGGAUGAUGGAGAACGAGGCACUGGGGUGGAUGAACGUGUGGUUCUCAAGUGCACCGAGUGGCUUCGGGGACUGGACAACACCCCUGUUACGGUGGCACACAGGAAGACCACUAGCGUGAAGAGCUUCUGA